CAUUCUUAGCAUUGCCUCGUUUUCUUGUUGCGACGUUCAUUUCUUGUCCACACAGACGUUCUUUCCUUAACACUGCCCACACGGCCAAAUAGACUCAUCGCUCUUUAGCUCUUCAGCUCAUUCGCUCGUCGCACAUCACGCUCUUUGCACUACAUACAUUUCAAUUUCACCAUGAAGCUGUCUUCGACCAUCGCGACUGGUGUUGCCCUUGCGGCCGGUGUUUCUGCUGGACAGACCAACUACCUUGGCUUCAACUCUGGCGCCACCCUUCCUGACGAAUCCGCCAAGUUCGAGAAGGACUUCUUGGCCGAGUUCACCACGGCCCAGAAGCUUGUUGGCGCCCCCGGCACCUUCAACGCCGUCCGACUCUACACCAACAUCCAGGCCUACUCCACAAACACCCCCAUCGAGGCCUUUUCCGCCGCCGUCAAGACCAAGACCUACAUCCUUCUGGGUGUCUGGGCCUCCGGCACCACCAACAUCAACAAUGAGCUUGCUGCUCUGAACGCUGCUGUCAAGCAGUUCGGCACCCAGCUUACCGAUCUCAUCAUCGGAAUCUCCAUCGGUAGCGAGGAUCUGUACCGUGACUCGGCCACUGGACGAACCAACAAGGCCGGUGUCGGCAACGGCCCCCAGGAGAUUCUCGGCUUCAUCAACGACUACAAGAAGGCGUUUGCCAACACCCCCCUGGCCAGCGUCCCCGUUGGCCACGUCGAUACCUGGGAUGCUUGGGUUAACGGCACCAACAAGCCUGUUCUCGACGCUGUCGACUGGAUUGGCGUUGACGAGUACCCCUUCUACGAGACUGGCAAGGGCAAUGACAUUAGCAAUGCCGGCAAGCUCUUCAACGCUGCCUACCAGACCACCCUUGGCGCUGCCAACGGCAAGCCCGUCUGGGUGACUGAGACUGGCUGGCCUCUUACCGGCCCUGACUGGGAUGAGGCCAAGCCCAGCGUCGCAAACGCCAAGUCUUACUGGCAACAAGUUGGCUGCAAGAUGCUGUUCAACAAGGUGCCCACCUUCUGGUACAACCUGCGUGACUCCAACCCUGCCAACCAGGUCAAGUUCGGUAUCAGCCAGAGCCUGUCGACCACUCCUUCGUUCGAUCUGACCUGCCCUCCCGAGUCUGAGGAGUCCUCCACCACCGUCUCCAAGCCCAGCUCCACCGGCAAGUCUUCCUCCACGGCCACCACUCUCGUCCAGGCCACUGGAUCUCCCUCCCCUUCCAAGGGCGGCGAUAGCUCCUCCAACAACGCUGGAGGCUCCAAGUCCAGCAACAGCGAUGCUUCAACCACCACAUCAGGCGCCCCCGCCGCCACCACCACCAGUGCUGGUGCCGUGACCCGAUUCUCCGGAGCUGCCAUUGCUGGUGUGGCUCUGGUUGCCGGUGUCCUGGCCUUGUUCUAAGCAUGAAGAUGGCUUUUUGUAAAUAGGGUGUCGUACUUUGUGGAGGAUAGAUGUUGGCUGUUUUGGGAAAUAGACUAAACCAACGAUAGACUGGUUUUUGAGACAAUAAAUGCUUGGCUAUAAUUUUUUUUUAAACAAUUAUUCAGUACAUUUCUAUUUU